GACAUCAGGAGUGGAUUGAUUCGCGUCACCGACCGACCGGUUUGACAAUACGCGAGUGUCUCGUGGCUCCUGGGCUGAGAGGCGGGCUGCGAUCCUGCACCUGCAUCACGUCGCUCGCGUUUCCGGCUCGCGCGUCCUUCGCGAAUUCCCAACCUCCUCCUCCUCCCUCUAUUUCAUCUUCCUCCCCUUUUUCGUUUUCCUUUUUCGCGAUCGUUUGCAUUUUCGUCGCGGAUUUCGGACGGCAAAGCGCGUCUAACUGUGCACCGCUGAAUUCACUUGCGACUGUCGUCGACGCUCAUCUCAUUACCGCACUUCCGUGGCGAGAGGAAAGGUGUGAAGACGUUUUCAUUCAAGCGCGCGACUCCGAUCCAGCCAUCUGUCACCCGCGGAGUAAGUCAAUGCGCGGACGUCGAUAAUUCCAUCAAGCUCGGAGGCUGCGUCCGGCCUCACGUGACGAGAAGUGUAUCAUGAAGGAAGUACAGGAGCAGCAGCAGCCGGAGUCAAUGGAGUCCAACGAAUCGGUUUCCGGCUCGAACGAGUACGCCUACCGACCGCUCACCACCAAGCACAGGAGAGCCGGAAGCACCGGCACGACGGGCGACGAGGAGUACACCACAGAUGAAGAUGAGCUCUACACAGACGAGGCCGACUGCUCGAUCGGCGCCAGUCUGCAUCCACCUCAUCCCAUUCUCAAGUCCGACCUCGCGAGGGCGGCCACGGAUCUCUUCGGGUACGCCACUAAGCGCGAGGACGAAGACGAGGAGCCGACUAGUCUGUUUGAUGAGGACGACAACAAGUUCCUGGGUGACAGUUCCAAUUCGAGCAAAACCACUCCACUGUUCACGUACAACGAGAAGCUGCAUGGUGUUCUAUCGAGACAUCGAAGCCUGUCGGACGAGAAGAAGCCGGCGAAGUCUUGCGACAAGCUGAAAUCUCCUGAGCCAGAAGUUUUAAAGUCACAGGCUCAGCGCACGAGACCCCUGGAUCUCCGGUUGAGCGAAGCUGUUUCGGCGGAUAAAGCGAAAGACGAGAAUGUCGAUACAAGCUCGGCGAAGAAGGACAAUUCCCGCGAGUCCUCGAGGAGAUCUUCUCUGUCCAAGGAUACACAGCCGGAGGCGUUGCCGAAGCAGGAGCUGCUGUGCGUCCCUAAGAAGAUCAACAGUCCACCGUCGCCCACCACCCUGCAGUGGGGCAGGGCAGUGGCCGAGGUGAAGGAGCACGCCGUGGCGAAGCUGCAGGAGGAGCUCAAGAGGGCCCACGAGGAGUUGAAACUGAAGGACGAGGAGGUGGCUAGAUUGUCGCGCAUCAGACAGGACGUAGAGGCCGAGCUCGAGGAACUCACUGCCAGUCUCUUCCAAGAGGCGCACAACAUGGUUCGAGAGGCUAACGUACGCCAGGCGACGGCGGAGCGUCUCCUGGAGGAGAGUCGCAUGAAAUCGGAGGUGCUCGCGGCCGAAGUGGCCGCUCUGAAGACUCUGGUGCUCACGUCCACUCCGUCGCGGCCGAAUCCUCAUCUGCAUCCUCAGAUCGACACGAAGGGCCGCGCCGGGAACGGCGAGGAGAGCCAGCAGGGGCUUUUCACGAAGAAACACCGCAGAUCGCCGUCGCACUUCAAUCUGAAGUACGGCCGGGAGAAUUCACCGCCUGAUUCGCCGGUGAAAGAACAAAGACCGCCUUUACCGACGGACAGAGAGGUGCUCGAGAGGGAUUGGAAGCGGGAUCGCGAGAAGGAGAGAGAGCGAGAGUGCAAGGAUUUCGGCCUGGAGGUCGAUCCGAGGGUGCACACGGAGUUUCUCAGGUGGAAGGCGAAUCCAUGCGUCGACAAGAGCGAUCUCUUCGUCGCGAGGGUAUUUAGAGAGGACAUCGACCUCUGCCUGGAUUUCCCUAACAAAGAAUUGGGCGCCAAAGUCAGGCAAGCCGUCUUGGACGGUAUCAUCUUCAUCGAGGCGGUCAGCGACAAGACGAAACUCGCUUUCCCGAAGAAAUGCGCGCUGCUGGAGGCACCGCGGCAAUGCCAUUAUCGUAUGCGACUUGGCGAUCAGGAGAAUCAGUGGUACUGCAUCUCGCAGAUCUGUCGCAAUCGAAUUAUAGCGGUGUGCGAUUUUUUGAAUUACCUGAGAUAUGUCGAGCGCGGCCUUGUCAAAAGCUCAGUUCAUGACAUUUACUGGGAGAUUACGCGGCUGAGGAAGGAAAUGGUCUUCGCGCGCUUGGGCCUGGCAUUGUCGUCCUGAGGUUCGCGUAGGCGGGAUGUCAUCUAGUCUCGAAUCACGGCGCGAUUCAAGCAAGGAACCCACUGCAUAGGGAUAGAAUCGGUCUGUGGAUUGCGCAGAAAGUCGACAUAAUUCAGCGACAAUCUCGUUUUCUCGGCCUUUACGCAGUGAAGGUGCAAUAAAAUUAUAACUUCCGGGAUUAUCUAGAAUCUCUUUAUCUCUCUCUCUCUAUCUCUCUUUCUCUCUCUUUCUCUAUCUCUUUCUUCUAAUUCUGCAAGGUAGUCCUGAUAACGAUGCUUCCAAGAGAUUUGCGCGCCGUUUGUCGGAGGAACCGCUUUGUUAUUCGCGACUGUAAAAUGUGCAUAAUUUAAUGCCUGGAAUUUCCCUCUACGAUUACCAGUGUUUUGCAGCCGAGGUAACGAAUUAAUUAUCUGUUAUUUUUAUUUUCUCGCGCGAGGGAAAUUUAUAUUCGGUAAAUAAGUCCCGGCGGAACGUUAUUCUUACCGCGCGUGAAUUCUCUCGAAGGAUCGAUAUACUUCAUACAGUAAAAGAUUUUAUGUCACAAAUGAUUUAUUUAAAUUUUUGCGUUACUUUCACGUAGAGGAUCUGUUAAAAGAGGUAGACAAGUAUAUUAAAUUAAUAUAUUCAUUUUGUUAACGUAUUACUUCUUAACAUAUUCACUUUGUUAAAGUGACAGAAAAAUUUAAGUGGAUCCUUUGCAACACAAUUUCUUAUUGUGCACGAUAGAUUUUUUAGGUUCGCGAACAAAUGAUUCACGAACAGAUUAAGACGACGAUCUAGCCGAUCAUGAGGCUGCAAAUACGAUACAGAUCAGAUAUUAUCGAUACGAUUCUUCUACAUGACAAAUGUAAAUAAUAGAAGAGAUUUUUGAGAUAUUGCGAAUGUGUUUUUCUCGAGAUUCGACCGGAGGUCUAACUCGGACGUCGUUGAACUCGCUGUUAAAUUUACGAACCGGUUAAGCUCUAAACGUUGACGUUUAUUCUCAUGACAUAGCUAAUGUUUAAUGAUUAUAUUGUAAUGUGUACGAAAUCACACCUUAUCUCUCUUAAUGGAGUUUGGUACUAACACAGAAGGAUUGAGCGUUCGCAAAUUAUUUGUAUUCUGAAUCCUCACUCUCGUGGAUUAUAUUCGAUGGUUGUACUAACUUAUCGUCCUGUCCUUGUUGUCCCCCUUUUCGUUUCGUGUACAUUUAUCACAAUUUGUUGUACAAGCUUUACGUUAAUUGUAUUGUGAUCAAUGGCUUCCGAUGAAAAUCGAUCGACAAUUGUGCGAGUCUCAUGAGCUUCGAAUGUGUUUGUACCGAAUCUCUCGAGAUCGUAAAACUGUCAUUUAGACAUAGUCGAAACUUCUCGUUAGAUCAUGACUACAUAUACCAUAGAUAUUAUCGCUCUUAGGGAAGAGUCAUGUCUGUGUGGACCAUACGAAUCUCAAAAUUUCUGAUAGUGUAAAUAGAUUCGAAACUACUGUCGUGUUAUACGAUCAUUCUAUACAUCUGUCACGUCCGGUUAUAUCCGGACAUAUUUGUUUGAGCUCUAGAUAUAUAUAUAGAAACAUAUAUUAUUCUGGCAUGUUGACGAUAUCCUUGCACGAGGAAAUUGCGUUAAUACGUCAGUUAAAAUUGACGCUCAUGUCAGUCGUGUAUUUUACAGUUGUACAUACGAGAAUAUAUAUAUUUUGUUUAUUGCGAAAGAGUACUGCCAACUCUCUCGGCAAAUCCUGAAUUACGAUUCGCCAAUCGAUUCUUUCGAGACAAGUGAGUCUCCGCGGAACGCUUCCGGGGGAUGAAUGAUUAUUUCGGCGCCACGAAGGGCGGCGAUUUUCUUUUAUGCUGGUACGAUCUUUGUAUGAAAAUCUUGAAUCCGUUGUCUUCCAUUAUUUGUUGACGCUUGACGUGAAAGCGUAGGAAAGCGAUUUACAGAUUAAAAUGAUUGGUUCGCAUUAUUAGUGACGCUGAAGCGUGCAAUUUUUGUGGUCAACGAUAAAAACCGAAGAACGUCCCCUCGGAGAUCGUGGGACGUGAAAAGAAGACUUUCUGUAAGCAUUUCUUGUGAAUAGACAAUGUGUUGAUUGUACAUCAAGUGUAAAUAGAAUCUUCUAAUAUUACUCUUGAGACAGGAACUUGUAUUUAAAGAAAACGAAAUAAAGGUUAUCGCCAUUGUACAAA